AUGGAUGUAUAUGUGGACGACAUGGUCGUCCGGUCCACGGAUGAAGAGGGGCACAUAAGAGACCUUGAAGAGGUGUUUCACCAAGUAAGGAAGUUUGGCAUACGUUUGAACCCCGCCAAAUGCACAUUUGGGGUCGCCGCCGGAAAGUUCCUGGGCUUCAUGCUGACGUCUCGAGGAAUCGAGGCCAAUCCGGACAAAUGCGAGGCGAUACUGCAAAUGCAAAGCCCGACCACCCUUAAGGAAGUCCAGAGAUUGGUCGGGCGCCUCACCGCCUUGUCACGGUUUAUCCCAAAAUUAGCCGAAAGGAUGAGACCGGUCCUCCGUAAACUGAAGAAAGGGGCCGGCCCGGUAUGGGACGACGAGUGCGAACGAGCGUUUCGGGAUGUCAAAACCAUCCUUGUUAACCCGCCGGUCAUGAAUCGCCCGGUACCCGGAGGGGACUUGCACAUUUUCCUGGAGGUGUCAGAGACGGCCAUUAGCACCGUGUUGAUGCAAAAACAGCCUCAGGCGAGGCUAAUUUAUUUUGUAAGCCGCACGCUCUUAGACGCCGAAACCCGAUACCAACGGGUAGAGAAGGUGGCAUUGGCCUUGUUGAACGCGUCCCGAAGACUCCGCCCUUACUUCCAAAGUCAUCAGGUGAUAGUCAGGACCGACUUCCCUAUCUCUAAGAUCCUGAGAAAGCCGGACUUAGCCGGACGUAUGGUGGCAUGGGCGGUGGAGCUCUCGGAGUUCGGCUUGCGCUACAAGCCCAGGGGGUCGAUCAAGGGCCAACAUUUGGCGGAUUUUGCGGCCGAGCUACCCCCUUCCGGCAAGGACGAGUGGAACUUGUACGUGGAUGGGGCGUCCGGUCGAUCGAUCAGCGGAGCCUACAUCGUCUUGGAGGGCCCCAAUGGAUUCUUACUGGAACACUCCCUGAUCUUCAAAUUCAAAGUCUCCAACAAUCAGGCCGAGUAUGAGGCCCUGGUGGCCGGCCUCGAGCUUGCAAAGGACAUGGGGGCAAGGAGGAUAACCUGCCGCACGGAUUUAGAACUAGUGGUCGGCCAAAUGAAUGGCAACUUCCAAGUCCGGGAGGAGCGACUGCUACAAUACUUCCAACGAGCAACGGAGCUCGCAAGAAUGUUCGAGAAGGUUGCCAUACAGCACAUCCCCAGGGAGCAGAACACAAGGGCCGACCUACUGUCUAAACUCAGUUCGGGAAGAGAAAAGGGACAGUUAACUACUGUCGUGCGGCAGGUUCUACUUCAGCCCUCAGUGGAGUGUUCGGCGGUGUCCGACGGGGGAAAAGAUUGGCGGACAGAAAUCAGAGAAAUCAUGACCCGCCAGGACGAAGGACGAGCGGUAGGCCCAAGUGACGCCAAGAAGGUCGCUCGCUAUCUCAUGGUGGGGGACGACCUGUAUCGAAGAGGAUUCUCUUCUCCCCUCCUUAAGUGCUUGGGGGAGGCAGAGGCGCGCUACGUCAUGGACGAGCUUCACAACGACAUCUGUGGUCCCCAUACGGGUUGGCGGACGCUAAAGGCCCGGCUACUAAGAGCCGGAUAUUACUGGCCAACCAUGGAGGCAGAUACAAAGGCGUUCGUCCCAAAAUGCAUCAACUGCCAAGCACACGCCAACAACUCCCACUUACCCCCGCACGCCCUGCACUCAAUCGCAUCCCCCUGGCCGUUCGCCCAAUGGGGCAUGGACAUCGUAAGACCGUUCCCCGUAGGGUAG